UUGGCUGCGGUGCGGCUCGUGGUGGGAGCAGCGCAGGCUUCGGUGCGCAGCGCUACCGGCACCGGUGCUUCCUUCUUCUCCGAGCGGUAAGUGAAGAAAAAUGGCCCGUACAAAGCAGACUGCCCGCAAGUCCACUGGGGGGAAGGCUCCGCGCAAGCAGCUGGCCACCAAGGCGGCCCGGAAAAGCGCCCCCUCUACUGGCGGCGUCAAGAAGCCUCACCGCUACAGGCCGGGCACCGUCGCCCUCCGUGAGAUCCGCCGCUACCAGAAGUCCACGGAGCUGCUGAUCCGCAAGCUGCCCUUCCAGCGGCUGGUCAGGGAAAUCGCCCAGGACUUCAAAACAGAUUUGAGGUUCCAGAGUGCAGCCAUCGGUGCGCUGCAGGAGGCCAGCGAAGCAUAUCUGGUGGGUCUGUUUGAAGAUACAAACCUGUGCGCCAUCCAUGCCAAGAGAGUCACCAUCAUGCCCAAAGAUAUCCAGUUGGCUCGCAGGAUACGGGGAGAGAGGGCUUAAGUGAAGGCUGUUUUUAUGGUGUUUUGUAGUAAAUUCUGUAAAAUACUUUGGUUUUAAUUUGUGACUUUUUUGUAAGAAAUUGUUUAUAAUAUGUUGCAUUUGUACUUAAGUCAUUCCAUCUUUCACUCAGGAUGAAUGCUAAAAGUGACUGUUCACAUAAACCUCAGUGAUGUGAGCCUUGUUGCUCAGGAGUGACAAGUUGCUAAUAUGCAGAAGGGAUGGGUGAUCUUUCUUGCUUCUCAUGCAUGUUUCUGUAUGUUAAUGACUUGUUGGGUAGCUAAACUUGUAAGGUACUAGAAUUGAUAUAAAUGUGUACAGGGUCCUUUUGCAAUAAAACUGGUUAUGACUUGA